UGUCGGAGUGCAGGGUGACUUGUGAGGAAUUGCCUUCCCCGGAGCCUGGACCUGGGUUUUUUGUGGCCUAGCAAGAAGCGGUUUCCUUUCCCGAGCUGUUGGCAUCUUCUUGCCUGGAUUCAGUCAUUCCCAAAGGAAUGGAGGAAUGCAGCUGUUAAGUCUUUAACCACCCUGUGCUCCCAUAGGCAGCACCAGAAGCUGGCUUCAUCUGCUCCACUUUGGCACUUUGGGGGUGGGCCUCUCUUUUUUACCUGCUCUGGGUACCUUUUUAGUGGCACUAUAGACCAAAGGAGAUGGAAGAAAAGGAGCGGUGUGAUAAAUUCCAGCUGGUACCUUGAGACUAAGGGGAUUCAUAUCUUUUGACUUUCUUUUUUUUCCUGUGGGGUGUGGGGGGAGGGAAGUAUUACAUUUUAUGGGGUAUGGGAGGAGGGAGGAAAAAUAUGUUGCAGAUCUUUAUGUGGUUUUUAAAACCAGCCAUCAGAGGCAAUUACUGAACAAACUGAAGCACAAGAGGAGGGUUUGUGAGCUGGAAGCAGCGCUAGCCUGCAAAAGAAGGGGGCAGUGGGCUGCUGUUGUGACUGUGGAGGAAGAAACUUCAGCCUCCUUUGUUUCUCACCACCUACUCUCCAUCCACCCUACGCAAAAAUGAGUUGCGUGCCAUGGAAAGGUGACAAGACCAAAUCGGAAUCACUGGAGCCACCCCAGCUACCGCCACUGCAUAUUUACCAUGAGAAGCAGCGUAGGGAGCUGUGUGCCCUCCAUGCCCUCAACAAUGUCUUCCAGGACAGCAACGCCUUCACUAGGGAAACCCUGCAGGAGAUUUUUCAGAGGCUGUCUCCCAACACCAUGGUGACGCCCCACAAGAAGAGCAUGCUGGGAAACGGAAACUAUGAUGUGAACGUGAUCAUGGCAGCGCUUCAGACCAAAGGCUAUGAGGCGGUUUGGUGGGACAAGCGCAGGGAUGUUAACGUCAUUGCCCUGUCUAACGUGAUGGGCUUCAUCAUGAAUCUGCCCUCCAGCCUUUGCUGGGGCCCCUUGAAGCUCCCCCUCAAGCGACAGCACUGGAUCUGCGUCCGGGAGGUGGGAGGCACCUACUACAACCUCGACUCCAAACUCAAGAUGCCCGAGUGGAUUGGAGGUGAAAGUGAGCUCAGGAAAUUUUUGAAACACCAGCUGAGAGGAAAGAACUGUGAACUCCUGCUGGUGGUGCCAGAGGAGGUGGAAGCACAUCAGAGCUGGAGAGCUGACGUGUGACCCGGCCGACUCUGUCCUCCCACCACUACAGCUCUUCCCCUUUACUGAACUCCCGAUGUCCUGAAACCUGGAUAACGGGUGCCUCGACUCUUCUCGUCUGGAACUUCCUUUGUUAGGCUCUUCUCUUCCUUCCUUGGUGCAAUAGGGCAGUGGCGUGGGACGCUGCGGGGGGGGGAAGAAUUGAGGGCAGAGUGGAGGAAACUGGAAGCCAAUCGCUUUAAUCGCAGAGGCGGAUGAGCUGCGUGCCCUUCAGCUAGCUAGAAGGCACUGCGCUCUUCAAAACUGGGCUUUGGGGCUAGGGUGUCCGGAAGCCUCUGGCCUCCCUUUCCCCACAUUGGUCAAGGCCGCGUGUGGUGGGACGCUGCUCCCUCCGGGGCUUGCCGGGGAGGAGCGGGGGGCCGAGCACGCUGCCGCCUCUUCACAAAGUCUCUCCCUCCGAAACAAGUUGUCGUGAAGACAUUUGCAAUUCCUAAGGGUCUCUCAGGACACUCUCAAACACUAUGGAAUGGUACGGUGCUCAGCACGACCCUCUGCUUUUUAGGGAUGGUUUGUGCCAGGAAUGAGAAAACAACGAUAAAAACAGUGUCAUCUUUCAAGAAAUUCUUCGGGUAGCUAGUGGAUUCUUCCCCAGUGUCUCCAGGGAUUUAUGUAUGUGGUGAGCGGUUGUUCGGCAGCAUGUGGCUGGCUAAGGCGACGUGGAGACAGCAAGCACAGGCUAAUUGAGGAGUAUCGAGUUUCUGGACUGGAGAGAGGCCGUAGUCUGCUUGGGUUUCUUUGUGCUAUCUUGGGGUUUUUUUUCUUUUUUAAUAUCUAUUUUGGUUUUCUGCGUGGUCACCCAGUAGUUUAGGGGCUGUUCGGAGAGAGGAAGAAAACUCAAGGGGUUUUGAGAGGAAUUCAUUCCCUUUUAUUUUCCUCUUUCCAGAAGUCUAGCCCACAGUCGCGAAUGUCAUGCGAAAUGUCCCAGAAAGAUGAAGUUACAAAGCAAAAAUCGGCUGAGGAGGGAAGCCUUUGUAAUAGUCAGUUUUUGCCCCUUUUAUAGUUACUAGCUGAUAAUGUGGGAGGUGCAGAGGGACCGCCAGAGCCUUCGGGCGUUAGAGAGACCCUGGCCUGGUAGCUGAACCGACCUCUCUCUUAGUGUUGGCCGACAAACAUUCCGUUAACGGACGAAUCGCUUUUUCCUCCCCUCCCUUCCGUGGGGAAGAGUGACUAGACAUGGGGGCGCUGAGAGGAAUCUCCACUGGCUGUUUCUGGGUCACCUGGGCGAGCUGUAGCUCGGUCAUGCCUUCCACAGCAGGAGGAGGAAAUGCUGAAUUUGGAACAGGCUUUGUUGCGUUUAGCUCUUCCUGGCCGAGCUACCAUUUGCUUCCCUCCUUUAUGCGUGGGAUGUCUCGGUUAAACAGCAAUCUCUGGGACGUGACGGAGCUUGAAGGAUCCCGCUCCAUCGUGCAGGAAAGUCUCAUUACUGGUGUUUGAGCUUGCGAGGGAGAGGGGUUGUAACUACCUUUUUCUCAGUUAUUUUUCUCUCGGGAGCUCCGCAAAGCGUGAGCGGGUGUUUGAAGCUGAGAGACCGCCGUACUUGCACCUUCCUAAAAGAGAACGGAGGCCGCGUGACGACGGGACGAUGGUGUUCACCGACCCCCGGACAUCUUGGCAAGCACCGUUUUGCAGUCUUCUGAGCACAGCCUCCCGCAGCCAAGGGCGAACGGCUCGUACGUUUUAAAGACCCAACGUUUCUAUAAAAAGUCCUAUUUCGUAACACAUUCCACUGACCAAUACCAGCUGGCAGUUCUUAAACACUUUCCGGGCAGGGUGCGCAGCCUGCAGGCAUUCUGCUUGUGACUUGAAGCCAUCUCUUCAAGAGGGGGAAAAAAUAAAUCUCGGCAGCAACGUUUUCUACGCUGAUGAAAGGCGCGCUGUGGAGAAACCCCGUUUGCAUGGAAACUGCAAGCCAACAGAUCAGUGCACAAUAUGCAAAGAUGUUUUAAAAUAUUUUGGGGCUACU